AUGGUUCUGCUCACCCGCCGGUCUUUAACCUCGGCUGCCAUUGCAGCUACUCUUUUUGGUGCUUCGGCAGUAAAUGCGGGGAACUGCUCGGCAGCCGGCAUCGCCCAACCCUCGAUUCCUGGUGGGCAGCUGUUACACUUGACUGCUAUUCCAGUCACCGGCUACCAGGAUGGCAAAACUACGUUGAGCUUCUGCAAUGUGACUGUCACAUACACCCAUCCCGGAAAGAAUGACGCUAUCCACACUACUAUCUGGCUUCCCCUCUCAAGCUGGAACGGUCGGCUUCAGGGCUCUGGCGGUGGCGGCUAUGCAAUGCGUCACGACGACUCGGUUCUAGCAGAAGCGGUCGGCCUCAACUAUGCAGUUGUAGCCACGGAUGGUGGCCAUGGCCUCGUAUCACAGAACUCAGCCGCCUGGUCACUUGAUGCAUCUGACCAUGUCAAUAUGGCUCUUCUCGACGACUUCGCUUACGUUGCAUUAAAUGACGCAGCCGUCAUAGGCAAACAAAUCAGCCACAGCUUCUAUGGCUAUGGGCCAAACCGCUCGUACUGGAACGGUUGCUCUACCGGCGGACGACAAGGGCUCAUGCUUGCGCAGCGGUAUCCCACGGCAUACAAUGGGAUUAUGGCUGCCGCCCCUGCCAUUAAUUGGCCCACUUUCCUUGUAGCGGAAUACUGGCCGCAGUUUGUCAUGAAUCAGCUUCAGACACACCCGCCGACGUGCGUGACCGACGCCAUCACUGCCGCCGCCGUCAGCGCCUGCGACUCCCUCGACGGUGUCACUGACGGUGUGAUCUCUGCUCCCGACCGCUGCAACUUUGACCCUCUCACCUUGGUCAACCAGACCGUCGCAUGCAAUCAUAGCAGCGUCAAAGUUACUAAGCCCGCGGCCCUAGCUGUCAAGCUGAUUUGGGCAGGAAUGCGCUCUUCCAACGGCACUUUCCAGUGGUAUGGUCUCGAGCGAGGCGCUCCUCUCUCCAUGGGUAGCGGCAGCCUCGCCGCCACUACCUGCAGCCCCCCGACCAACUGCACGGGAUCUCCGUUUGCCAUCUCUUCCGACUGGAUCCGCCGCUAUGUCCUCCAGGAUCCUGCCUUUGACCUCUCCACCCUCGACCACACGGACCUGGAUGCCAUCCUCUCCCGCUCCAUUGCAGAAUACAAUGCAAUCAUCGGGACCAACGACCCGGAUCUCUCCGCCUUCAAGUCUGCUGGUGGGAAAAUGAUCACGUGGCAUGGCCUCGCCGACCCGCUGAUCUUUCCCAAGGGAACCGAGCACUAUUACCGUCAGGUGCAGGAGCGUGACCCUGAGGUGCGGGACUUCUAUCGCUUCUUCCCUGCCCCGGGCGUGCAUCACUGCUCCGGGGGAGAGGGUCCCGUGCCGGUGGACCCAUUGUCUCAGGUGGUCGAGUGGGUGGAAGGUGGCGUAGCUCCGGAGACCCUAUCUGCGCAGGCGGCGGAUGGGCGGACAAGGUCGCUGUGUCCUUGGCCGCUUGUUUCGAUGUACCAGGGUGGGGAUGUUAUGGGCGCGAGAUCGUAUACUUGCGAGCAACCGCAGAGGAACUGGUUCUGA